GAGGCCCGUGUGUGCAUGCGGUGGUAGUGACUGAGUGGCCGGGUGGGGCCCGGAGGGCAGCGCGGACCCGGGGAUGGGUCGCGGGGAGGUCGUGGGGGCGGGGAGAAAGGAGGGACCGUGGGCGCGUGCGCGUGCCGAAGGACGAGAAGGAGAGAUCUGUGCGUGCCCGUGGGACCUCAGCUGUGUGUGGCCGAACGUGACACGCACGUGUGCGUGUCAGAGAGGAGGGGUGUUUUGCAGCUCUUCUUUCUCAGGGGAGCAUCAAGGAAGACAAGCCCAAGGCCCAAGAUACUGCAUUCCAGCAGAUGCCUUACACAAGCCUGUGACAUUUAAGGAUGUGGCCGUAGACUUCACACAGGAGGAAUGGGGCCUGCUGGGCCCCACACAGAGGAUCCUAUACCGUGACGUGAUGCUGAGGAACUACAGCAACUUGGUGUCCCUGGGACUUCCCGAUUGCAAACCAGAUGUGAUCUCCAAGCUGGAGCAGUGGGAAGACCCCUGGACGGUGAAGAGAGAUGUCCCAAGAGGUCCAGACUCAGAGCCUGGGCCCCGAGCUGCAUGGCUGCCUCUAGAGAAGGGCGCUCUGCGUCAGGGGCAGAUGACAGUAGGACUCACAGGGCAGGAUUUCUGGCACACCAUCCAGAAAGAAGUCACAGGACAUGAAGGCCAGGUGGCAGACAGACAAUGCCAAGCAGUGACACUCAGCCAGGGGAAGAAGAGCCCAGAGUGGAGCUUUGCAGGAACUUUCUCCUGGCACCCAUUCCUCACUGAGCAUCAGUGCAAUCCUCCAAGGGCGCAAGCUCCCACAAGCCACGUUGGCAAAGAGGGCCUCACCUGCAUUUCAGUCCUAGAUCAGGGGCGCCCCUGCCAAGAAGAAAGAGUGUGUAUGGAAGCCCUCAGCUCUUUUUCAGACCUUAGUCACCCACAAGGAGCUCACAUCGAGGGGGACACAUUGGUGUGUGGUGGGUGGGGAGAUGCCUUUGGCAAGAACACAUGCCUUGUGGGCUGUCAACAGAUUCCCAAUAAACAGAAGCCCUACACAUGCGAGGAGUGUGGGAAGGCCUUUGGACAGAGCACACAUCUCGUUCAACACCAGAGAACCCACACUGGUGAGAAGCCCUACACGUGCCAGGAGUGUGGACGGGCCUUCAGCAAGAACUCGUCCCUGGUUAAGCACCAGCGCAUCCACACAGGUGAGAAGCCCUAUGCGUGCAGCCACUGCAGCAAGCACUUCCGAGAGAACUCCUCCCUGGCCAAACACCAGCGAGUGCACACGGGCGAGAAGCCGUACACCUGUGGUGAGUGUGGGCGCGCCUUCAGCCAGAGCACUCACCUCGUGCAGCACCAGCGGAUCCACACUGGGGAGAAGCCGUUUGCCUGUUGUGAGUGUGGCAGAGCCUUUGCUGACUCCUCAGCCCUCCUGGUCCACCAUAGGACCCACACAGGAGAGAGGCCUUACGAGUGCCGCACGUGCUGCAAGGCGUUCAGCCUCAGCUCAUCGCUGGCCGAGCACAAACGCUGCCACACAGGAGAGAAGCCAUACGCAUGCCGGGAGUGUGGGAAAGCCUUCAGCCAGAGCUCAUCCCUCAGCAAGCACCUGAGGACACACACGGGUGAGAAGCCGUACACAUGCGGGGACUGUGGCCAUGCUUUCAGCCAGAGUUCCUCCCUGGCCAAACACCAGCGGGUGCACACUGGCGAGCGGCUCGUGUGUAGAGAAUGCGGAAAGACCUUCAGCCAGGGCUCCUACCUGACCCAGCACCUCAAGAUCCACAGCGGCGAGAAGCCAUUCAUAUGCAGUGAGUGCAGGAAACCCUUCGGCGAUUCUUCAGCCCUAGUCCUGCACCAACGGGUGCACACGGGUGAGCGACCCUACAUGUGUGGAAAAUGCGGGAAGACCUUCAGCCAGAGCAAGUUCCUCACCCAGCACGAGAGGAUACACACUGGGGAGAAGCCCUUUGUGUGUGGUGACUGUGGAAGGGCCUUCCUGCAGAGCUCCUCCCUCACCCUCCACCUCAGGACACACACUGGGGAGAAGCCUUACAAGUGCAACGAGUGCGGCAAGGCUUACAUCCAGAUGUCGCACCUCACUGAGCAUUACCGGGUGCACACAGGGGAGCGGCCCUACGUGUGCAAUGUGUGCAGCAAAGCCUUCAGCCGCGGCACACACCUCAUGCAGCACCAGCGUGUCCACACGGGCGCCAAGCCCUUCAUAUGCAGCCUGUGCCGGAAAACCUUCUGCGAGGCUGCGGCCCUCAUUCUGCAUCAGAGGGUUCACGCUGGACAGAAGCCCUUUGAGUGUCACAAAUGUGAGAAGAACUUCAGAUGGCUUUCUACGCGUGAAGAGCCUCCGUGCAUUUACUCAGGGAGGAAGUCUUCCAAGUGUAGUGAAUGUGGGAAAACAUUCCAGAGCCCCUCAGCCCUCGAGACACACCAGAGGAGCCAUUCUCGGAAGACACCCUACACCUGUAGUGAGUGUGGGAAAGCCUUCAGUCGGAGCACUCACUUGGCCCAGCAUCAAGUCAUCCACACGGGUGCAAAGCCCCAUAAGUGUAAAGAGUGUGGGAAGGCCUUCAGCCGGGUCACCCACCUAACUCAGCACCAGAGGAUCCACACUGGAGAAAAACCCUACAAGUGCGGGGAAUGUGGCAAAACGUUCAGCCGCAGUACCCACCUCACUCAACACCAGCGGGUGCACACAGGGGAGAGGCCCUAUGAGUGUGAUGAGUGUGGGAAGGCCUUCAGUCAGAGCACCCACCUGACUCAGCACCAGCGCAUCCACACUGGGGAGAAGCCUUACAAGUGCGACGCUUGUGGGAGAGCCUUCAGUGACUGCUCAGCUCUAAUCCGCCACCUGAGAAUCCACUCCGGAGAGAAGCCAUAUCAGUGUAAGAUUUGUCCGAAGGCCUUUGCACAGAGCUCCUCCCUCAUUGAGCACCAGAGGAUCCACACAGGAGAGAAGCCAUACAAGUGCAGUGACUGUGGGAAGGCCUUUAGCCGCAGCUCAGCCCUCAUGGUUCACCUGAGGAUCCACAUUACAGUACUGCAGUAACCAAAGAAAGCCCUUGGGACAUAGAACAACUUCCUCUCAGAGGCUCAACAUCUAAGAGAAACCCUAAGUUCCAAAAGAACAAAGAUCAGGGUAAGUGAUUGAUAGUACCCUAAAGUGAUAAGGUGCUUCAGGGCAGACUCUGGGGCUGUCUGGGAACAACUCUGCAUUUGGAGACCCAGAGGGAGGCGCCUGAUGAACACAAAGCUAUUCAGGCUAGCUGGAGAAGCUUCCAGAAGAAUCCUACUUCCCUCCAUACCCCACUCAGGCCCAUCUCGGAGAAAAGACAGCUGAGCUGAGGACUUGGAUUGGUCUUCAGAGUCAGGUCAAUUGGGGUGAAGUUUCUGUUGGGACUCAAUGGUCCCAAGAUGCUCUGGACAGAAAGGCUCCAGCUUCAUGUUCCCAUGUAGCUGCUCUCCUUGCCUUUUCCUCUCCUGCUUAGCCCAGGAGGGAUGCCAGCCCAUGCCCACCUCUGUGCCUUCACACCUACUCUUUCGCUCCACCUAUUGUUGUCUAACUCCAAGGCCAACCUGUGAAGCUGCCUCUUCUCUUCUAUGAGGCCUUCUCCAGGCCCUCAGUCUCUCUCACAUUCUCCCUAAUCAAGGGUGUGGCAUGAUGCUUGCCCAGCAUCUGUUUCUCCUUGCCUUCUCCUUCUGUGUCGCACCAGCCAUCAGCCCUGUUGGUUUUGUCAAAAACUCACCUCUAGGGCACCUGGGUGGCUCAGAUGGUUCAGCGUUUGCCUUCAGCUCAGGUCAUGAUCCCAGGGUCCUGGGAUCGAGUCCCAUAUCGGGCUCCCUGCUCCUUGGAAGCCUGCUUUUCCCUCUGCCUCUCUCUCUCUCUCUCUGUCUCUCAUGAAUAAAUAAAUAAAAUCUUAAAAAAAAAAACAACUCACCUCUAAUCUGUCUUUACUAUUCUCACCUUCUUUGAGCCCUCAUCACCUCUCAUCUAGAUUCCAGCUGGGGUCCCCUGCCUUCAUUCUCUCCCCUGACCUCCCCCACUGUUUCAUUCUCCACACCAGCCUCCAGAGGGCUCUUCCUGCAAUCCAAACCUGAUUGUGUCACUCCAUAGUGGAAAGCUCUCCAGUGCAUCACCUUCUGCGGCAAAGCUUUCUGAAUGGGUUACAAGUAUGCCAAGACAUAAGUCUUGGCCCCAAAUAACCUCUCCAGGUACCCUUGUAUGUGCGUGUGAAUAUUGUCAUUUUUCUGUGUGUGCAGUGAUGUGAAAAAUGGUUUCAAAGUACUGCCCUGUGGGAUCUAUGUCAAACUCCUUCACCUGCCAUUCAUGAUCACUUGUGACCUGGCCCCAGCCUCAUCUACUGUAGUAACCCCACCUUCCACACCCCAGCCAUGUGGAACCACUUGUCGUUCCUGAAGAAGCCGUAUUUUUCCCACCUACGUGCCUCUGUACCUGUGCCUGGAAACCUCUCCUCUCUCCUCCCACAUGUUUCACAUAUCCCUCCCUAACAAAGCCUCCCCUACUUCCUUGAGCAGACUUCAACUUGCCUUCUCUGCUUCCAGAGCACCUCCUUAACUUCUCUUUAACUUCCUACCAUGUUGUAUUUACUCCUUGCAGAGCUUGCAGUCUGUGUUUCCCAAAGACACUGUGAGCUUCCAAAAGCAGGGGCCAUGUCUUAUUCUCAAUAUCCAUAGCACAGGAUGCAAUAGGCUCUGACCAGUGUCUGUUGAAUGAAUAUACUGUGACUGAUGCCUUCCUGGAGGCAGUCACCAUGCCGCACCCUGCAACCUGAUAUAGGUCUACAUUGCUGUCUCCCCAACACCCAGCAGGGCAAGAACAAUUGAUUUUCCCAGAGCCCCAGCACUCAGACAAGCGUGGCGUACAGUGGCCUCAAUAAAAUGUUACCAUAUUGAGUCUGCCCUUUCUGUCACCCCAGAAUCUCCCUGGACUCGGUGGUUGCCAACACGCUGUCAGUGCCCUCUGGCCUUCUCUCACAGUUCUGUAACCCUGGCUGUCUUUCAGGGUCCAUGUCUGUAACUGGAUGUCACAGCCUCUGUUCUGAACUAUCAGGGUGUCAUUCUUCCUCUCUUUCUCUGAUGAUCCCAUCACAUGUUAACCAUCUGACCUACCAUACUGUUUUUUUACUGUUCAUUGUCACCAUCUCUGUGUUUCUCUCUGUGUCUUGAACUCAUUCCCUCUGUGUCACAAGUAAACAGAGUCACACAGACCAAGGAGUGAGGUUCAGAACAGGAAGGAGGAAUGUUGAGACCCAGGGAAACAGAGAUCUUGUGUCAAUAUCUCUGAGAAAGUCCCAGAUAUACAGACACACAGGCAGACAGCCACUCAUAGUGAGACCAGGGCUGAGAGACUCAGAGAAAGUUGACAGACAUAGGGAAAAGCUCAGGGAUGAGAGAUACACAUUCCUAGUGAAGUGAUCACACAGGCCUCCAACAAGCCUGCAGGCCGGGGAAAAGAUGUGGGCCUAAAGUCAGUCUGCAGAGCCCCGCUCCUCCCAGGCUGCUUUUGGGACCUCGGAUAAGUGACUUCCCUGAACCUCAGUGACCUGCUCAUCUGUAAAGCAGGAAUUAGAUGACCUGCCUUGUUUAACACCCAACCCAGGGCCUGGCCACUGGCUUGUAGUAUCCACCUCCACCUCUUUCUGCCCCUACUUUCCUGGCCUUUGGCACUGAAAAGCUGAAUCUCCACCCCCUGGUUCUCUGAGCAUCUCCAGCACCCAUUUUGUCAUGAGAUAUGUGUUUUCCCAUGUUUGUCUGAAGGGGGAGGAAGUCAGGGGGAAAAGGAAUCAUUAAGGAUCUACAUGUAUAAAAAAAAAAAGGAUCUACAUGUGUUUUUCAGUCUGCCAAAUAAUUUAUGUACAUCAUCUCACAACAUUCUGAGGGCAGAAUGACCGUCCCCAUUUUAUAGAGGAAGGGAUGUGGCCAAGUUUAUACUGCCAGAGACUGGAAGCACUGAGAUUUGAAAGCCUAUCCAAAUAUGUCAGCAAUUUCAAUAAGCACAACUAUAUUCAACAAACUAAGUAAGACAAAUACUAACAUUGGAUUUCUUUCAAAUCCAGACAUAAUGUUCUUUAGAAGAAACACAU